UCCCCCUUUUAUAGCAAAAGUUUCUCAGAAUAUAUACAAACCCUAAAAUCAUAUAAAUUUGCUUUUCUAAAUUCUCCAAAAUCUUCCCCAGAAAACUUGUGAUUUUUUCGCACUUCGUCAUGGAAGAACAACCUGGGUCACCAGUAAAUAUGGAGAAGAGAAAGUGGGAUCAUACCCCAAUAUAUUAUGUGAAAGAGGUUAUACGGAAAUCCAUAAUUGCUAUGUUCAUCAGUGUGAUAGUAUGGAUUAUAAUGAAGGUCCUAUUAAGGGUUUUUGAGCAUUCUUCAAAUCAGCAUGUUGAUUUGAUCGACAUUGUCCUUGCUUUAUUCCUCUCGUUUUGUCUCAUAAUCUUGACAAUUUUUCAGAUAUUCUCUAUUUUUCUUACUACUUGUGAAGCAAUUAAGGGUCGGACUUCAUCGAGUAUCUUGGCUACGAGCAUCAAACAAUAGACUUAGAACUGGUCUAAUUUUGUUUUUAUUUAUUUAUUGUUUUCUUUCACUAGUCGAAAACAGUUCAUAACAUUUUUUGUCUGCUUAA